UGAUGAAUUAUUUUAUUAUUGAUUUUAUUAUUACGAUUAAUAUUGGAGCUCAAUUAUUUAUUUAAURAUAGUAAGACAUUUUAAACAUCACAUGUAAUAAAACUCACUAUUAUAUUAUAAUAAUUACAUAAACAUGGCUAAGUCUCAAGAAGAAAUUGUUCGGAUAUUUUUUAAUUAUCUAUCAAAAUCUAGUUAUGAUGAUGCUAAAGUGUUUAUGGARAAACAACGUUUAGUUUAUUUGAAAAAUGCUUGGCCCAAGUCAAUGUUUGAUAUUCUAUGUGAUUUUGCUUUGGCUGAAAAGAAUUACUAUGAUACCAAUUUUGAGCCUUCAAGAAUUAAAAUGCUUGAGCGAAAAGAAGACGAGAACUAUCUGGACUUUGUGUAUAAGACCUUGUUUCAAGACCUUGAAAAACUCCAAACUGAGGUUGAUGAUAAUUAUGUUAUAAAAUUUAUGACUUCGCUUCUACAAUUUAUAUCUGUGAGACUCCAACUUCUUGAACUAUAUGAUAAAUUGUAUGAAAUCGGAAYUUCGAACAGUUGGAUUAAUUUUAGUGAGCUAUCUGAAACUGUUGAAAAUAUUCAGAAUGAUCUAAGCAGUUUUUCRCCUGUUGAUCAAGUUUUAAGAAUUGUACGUAAUGAGCUAAAUUGCAUUCAACAUUUAUUCAAGUGUCAUGAACAUUUAGGGGAUUGGUCAUAUUUUAAUUCAUUAAUUAGCUUAAAGGAAAGUAGUGAUGCAUUUAUUGUUUGGGARAAAUGUUAUCAAAACCAAGAGGUAAUAAUCUAAUAUUAAUCAUAAAUAAUACAAAUGCAUAAGAGUGUGCUCUGGGGUUAUGUAAGGAAAGCCCAUAUAUGUGCUCUUGAAGGGAAUUCUAACAUUGGAAAUGUUUAAUUCGGGUAGGUUAGGGUAAAAUUUGAUAAUGUCUGUGGAACAAAAUAGUGACUUAAGAAGAUGCUACACAAAUAUUUGUUSUCUUAAUCUUAUAAGUGCGUAACAUAACAAAUUUACAUUUAGCAG